CCACAUUCUGUACAGGAUUAGUGCAGUGACAUUGCUUAAUCGGUCGAGGAUACAUACGUUUUCAUGACAGACUACACAAGGAACAUGCUGAGAUUCUGAUGGAUGGUCACGAUCAGGUAAAGGACUAGGUUGAAGGUGGGUCACCGGUAUACAUGAAUGGGCUUGGUGGGCUUGAGGACACAUAAGUUAGGGACGUGAUCACAUACUUCGACGACGUGACCACAUACGAAAAGGACCUGAAAAUUCAUACUAGAAGGACCUGAAUAUUCAUACUAGAAGGACCUGAAUAUUCAUAUUAGAAGGACCUGAAUAUUCAUACUAGAAAUACCUGAAUAUAAGAAGGACCUGAAUUUUCAUACUAGAAGGAUCCGAACAUUCAUACUAGAAGGACCUGAAUAUUCAUACUAGAAAUACCGGAAUAUAAGAAGGACCUGAAUAUUCAUACUAGAAGGAUCCGAACAUUCACACUAGAAGGACCUGAAUAUUCAUACUAGAAGGAUCCGAACAUUCAUACUAGAAGGACCUAAACAUUCAUACUAGAAAUACCUGAAUAUUAGAAGGACCUGAAUAUUCAUACUAGAAGGACCUGGAUAUUCAUACUAGAAGGAUCCGAACAUUUAUACUAGAAGGAUCCGAACACACAUUUGUGAAGGAUCUGACACAUGUAUGGAGGUCAUGAACACCCGGAAGGAGCACCUGAACACUAAGAACGAGCACCUGAAGAUGACACUGAUGAACUGAUCGCUUGUCUCGAGUGGUUCAAUGAAGGAUCUGACAAUGCUGCAGCGGAAGCCGAGACAAGAUCCCGUGGUGCGUGACUUUUUCAAGGCGGUGAGAACGCGGGACCACAAGAAGGUGAGGUUGAUGCUGAAGAACAAGACCAUACAGAACCCGGAUGUGAGGGACGUGGACGAUCCGCUGCAACCCACGGCGUUGUUGGUGGCCAGUGAGAUGGAUGACGAGGAGACAGCUUGGCUGCUGCUGAAACUGAAAAAGCCAGCUGACGUGAACGCCGAAACUGUUAGAGGGAGGAGGGCGAUUUGGUGGGCGGCGAAACACGGGAGCGAGAAGCUGGCAGACGUUCUUCUCAGGAAACCCGGAUGUGAGGUGAACGAGUUGGACAAGGAGACAGGCAGUGCCCCUCUGUUUCGAGCCAUCAUCAGCAACGCGGGGGCAGUGGUUCAGCUUCUCAUCCAUCAUGGGGCAGACGUCAACAUGCGUAGACUCGGCUUUGGCGUCGGAGCGGAAACGCCGCUGAUCAAGGCCGUUCAACUGAACAACAAGACAAUUUGUGAAGGCCUUAUCAACGCCCUGUGCAACAUCCAGGCAAGGACAGACAACAACCUGAACGCCCUUCACUACGCCGUCGCAUACAGGCGCUACGACAUCUGCGAAGUGCUUCUGGAAAACCAGAUCAAGAUCCAUGCCAAGAGCACACAUGGCGUUACACCAAUGGCAAUCGCCAUUGAACACCACAAUGCAGCAAUGGUGAAAAUACUAAUUCAACAUGGCUACAAGAUUGACAAGAGGUACAAAUGGAAGGAAACACCCUUAGAACAGGCAAUAAAACUCCAUAGUGAAGCUUGUGCAAUUACUCUCGUUCACUCUGGCUGCAGCAUCGACACACUGCGCGGGAAGCCAUCUUACUUCUACAUGGCACUGAACGAGAAACUAUUUUCCCUAGUGAAGCUAUUAGUUGAUAUAAGGCCUUCCUUUUUCAGCGAAAGGUGGAUCUGGUCGAGACAAUGGCCUGUUGCAAUAUUUCAGAUGCCCGAAGUCUGUGCCUGGUUAACAAACGAGAGUCGCAAGCCAAGGAGUUUAAAAACUAUAUGCAGGGGGAAAAUGUUCAAAAUAUUAGGAAGAUCACCUAGUUCAAAAUCAGACAAGCUCCCCAUACCUGACGGACUUAAAGAGUUUCUGAAAUAUAAUCAUCAUAUUAGAGACGAGUUUUAUUGUCGAAUUCCGCUGGAUAUUCAAGAAUGUCCGUUCGAUUGUCCGUCCAGCUGCCCUAUCAAGUACUGCCCUCCUCUCGACAUUCCUUCAUCAGACUCAGACGAGAUAGAGUUUUGAACUGAUUAGAGUUGUACUCCGCUACUGAUUAAGUGAAAAAGUUGGACAGAACUAUUUGACCGCAUCCGUGGUGUAGUGGACGGAGCCUCUCUGUAUAUUGUGGGAGAUAGGAUCGCCUCCAUGGUCCAAAGGACCGAGCGUCUCUGUGUAGUGUGGGUCAUAGGAUGGCCUUACCCUGUCAUAUUAAAUAAUGGUACUUGU